AGUAAUAAACUCGACGAUAUGGCGGCGACGACGGUGGCAGGACUCCUGAAGUACAUGACCCUUCGAUCAACAGCCAACGGGAAAUACAUGCACUACCUGUGGAACAGCGAGUUCGGGGCCUACUACAAGGGCAUGGGCUGCAAGCUGUCCAUGGACCUGGUGAGCCCAUUCGUCAAGCUGGAGGUGGUCCCGUCCGCGACCGGCCCGGCCCCCCUAGCCCACCUCCACUGCUGCUACAACGAGAAAUUCCUGAAGCUGGUGGAGAUGGACGGCAUCCGGUUCGUCUUCGCCCCCGCUGACGAGCCGACCGAGGAUGGGGAGUUGAAGUCAACGUUGUUCGACUUUGUUUUUUUGGACGACGAGCCCAACACGGUGGAGCUGCUGCACGUGUUAGCGGCACGUGAAUAGUUUUUUCAAUGAGGAUAGCAAUGAGAUAAACAGCGCCGCUUGUG